CUGAGUUACAGGGAGAGAGAGAGAGAAGGCGGGGCGAGGGAAGGCUUACCUUCUCUGGUUCUCUAUUUCCUCGGUUUCCCGCUGCCUCUCACCCUCCUCCUAUUUGCUUCUCUGCUUUCGCCAUUACCUUGAUUCGUCCGUCCGGCCACCGGAAUUUCGGAUGAUCAACCGUGUCGUCGACUCAAUCCGGCUUCUCCGACGGUGAUCUGGUUGCGCGAUCGCGCCUCCCCGGCGUCUCGGCCGUUGGAUCAGAUCUCUUGCGAGCCGUGCGGGCUAGGGGGUUUUCGCUUCUCCGGUGAGUCGUUCGCUGCUUUCAACGGCUGUUCACUUGCAAAUAGGAUAGAUCUACCGUAUUAGCGAGUGUCUUCUCUUUUCCGGCUUCUCCCUACUUUUGCGUCCUUCUUUUUGGGCUCCAUUGUUAUCGUUCUACUGUGCGGAGUUCAUAUGACGGCCGAUUUUCGCGAGAUGGAUGCGGGUAAAGUUGAAUUUGAGGGCAAACGGGAGUCUACCGAGGGCCAUAAAUCUGCCGGUGGUGGUGACCGUAUUGUUGUGGGUGAGGAGGAGGAGCUGAUGGACGAUUCAUACGUUUAUGUUGACAAAGAGCUGCAAGAGCAGUCGGAAAUUGUGGCUUCCGGCGAAAAGGUGGACAGUGAUCGAAUCUCCGAGUGCCCGGUGGAGCCGAUCAAGAAUGCGGAGCUUGAGGGCGUGGUAGGAGAUGGUGAAGAUCUGAAUUCAGAUGUUGCGGGCGACGCAGUGAGUGAGGUUGCGGACGCGACGCAUGUAGAUCGUGUUUCAGCCUUGAAUGCAGGAGGAGGGGAUUCGAAUUCUGAUGGUCAGGUUCAUGAAGUGACGGUGAUUGAAUCUUCAUUGACAGUGGAACAUGGGUUGGAAACCGAUGCCGUUGAUGGCAGUUUGAAUUCCAACGAUCGAGUAUUUGAGAGGAAGGACCAUGAGUCUCCUGCAUCAGCUCACAUUUGUUUGGAUUCAAAAAAUGAGGGGGUAGAAGAGAAGUUUGAGGUUCGGGCGAGCGAGACGAAGUGUAAUGAACUUCCUGGGCUUGUGGAUCAUAUUCCGCAUCCUAGAGACGGGGGAAUGAGUUUGGAUGAUACGAAAGAGAGUGAAUCUCCUGUCCUUCUAGAUCAUGGUCUGAAUGCGGAAUCGGAUGGUGAGAUCAUUGGUUAUAGUUCAGAGGAGAGAAAGGAUCUCGGAUCUUCAGUAUCCACAGACGACAAUACGGUAGUAAAUUCCGAGAGUGGAGGGAAGAAUUCUGGCGAUGGGAUGGACGAGGUGAAGGACGUUAAAUCCUCGCUGGUGAACCAAGAAUCAAACUGUGAGGUCGGGGUUCCCUGUUUCGUUGGAAAAGAGAGUGAACUGGUGGAGAUUGAAUCUGUGGAACAUGCGGCCGAAGUUCAGGAAAUUCAUGCUGACCCUGAGAUUCUGGAUGCAGACGUUCCACCAGAUGCCACGAACGCUACUGAGUUCAUUGAAACUUUUGAGUCCCGUUCUGAAACCAGAGAUUUGGAUCUCGAUGAUUGCACCAUUAGUAAAGAGAUUGUGUCUCUUGAUCUCGUGGACGGAGUUUUAAAAUCAGAUGUACUCACGGAAGAUAAAGUUAGUGGGGCUGACGAUGGUAAAUCAGUUCCAGCAGACGACGUUUCCGCAUCCAUGCUUGAGCCUCAUUUAGCGGAGCCAGAACAGGUUGAGGAGAACAAUCAAAUUGAGCAGGGUGGUGAUACACAUGUGCACGGCGUGCUUGGCCCAGGAUUGAAUGUUGAGAAACCAAUUAGCGAGCAGAUUGAAGAGCCUCUUUACGAGAAUAUGGAAGAUGUGACAAUUUUUAAGGUUCCUCAUCAUGCCUCUGAGAAACGGGAUUGCUCUCUGGAAAUUAAGUUGGAAAAAGAAUCGCAAGAAAAGUCUUUCACCGUCGAGUUGGAAAAAGAAGCGGAAGAAAAUUCUUUCAUCGUCGAAGGAUCUGAACAUGUUGAACGUGCUCAGUUGGUCCAUAACUCAAAAGCUCUCCCGAGUAGCGGUAGCACAAUUGCGGUGGAAUCAGCAUCUACAUCUGGUCCACCCAGCAAUGUAGUGGUUAAUUCUCUUGACGACCAUGAUAAAGAACCAGUAGAUGUUGAUGCAGAAGGGGAUCGGCGUAUGGAAAGAGAGAGAAAACAAGAUUUGAAUGUCACUGAGGAAUCGGCAUGCAAAGGGACCAUGCUACCCUGUUCUGCUUCUGUUUCUUCGUCUGAACUACAUGAAGGGAAGCCCACAUCACCUGUUGGUAACUGCAACUGUCCGUCUGACAUAUCUGUUGCUACUAACGUCAAUGAUGGUUCAACUUUCAAUCCCGAGGAAGCUGAAAGUUUGGUUUCAUCAUCCCAAGUUGGUAAAAACAUAGACAAAAAUACUGCAAGAAUAUCCAUGCCACAUGAUUCUGUUUCUGCUGUUUCCUCAAACAAGUCAGGUGAAGAGGUUCAAGUAAAUGGUGUCUUGCCAUAUAUUCCUGAAUGCUCUGUUAUUUUUGGUUCCUUCUCUCAUUUAGGUGGAGCAGUUACUAUUAAUGGUAUAUCACCUCAGCCUGAAAGGUCCAGCACUUCCAGCUUGUCCGGACAGUCAGAUGAAGGGGCUCAUUCUAGUGGAACUGCUUCCAAUGUUGAUGCUGAUGUUUGUAAUUGCUCCCCAUCUUCAUCUCAUUUGGUUGACGAAACUACUACUACUAGCACUGCGUCAGAUGGACAGAAACUUGAUUCUCAGCCAGGAAGGAAGCCAGUGUAUGCAAUUAUUAGAAUUCCAAGACCUGUUGAUAACAAGCUCAAGGAACAAAUAAGACAAGCACAAUUGCAGGUCGAUGACCUAACUCAAAAGAGAGAUGCUAUAAAUGCAUUGGUGCAUUCAAAACAGGGAGCGCGUCAUGAAAUCUGGGAAAAAUUACGGGCAGCAAGAUCUGAACUUAGAGCUGCAAGGGAUUCACAACAAGCCAAACGUAAGGAAAUGGAAUCUAUUCAAUCAGUAAUGAGCAGAAUGAAGACCGCAACUUCAGUUGAAGAGUAUGAUGAGAGGAUAUUCUCUAUGCAACACAGGUUGGAACAUGAAACUGUGCCUUUGAAAGAGGAAAAACAACUAAUACGUGAGAUCAAGCAGUUGAAGCUCGCCCGCGAUAAACUUAGCAUAGAUAUGGGAGGGCAGUCUGAACUUGAUGAGGCAUUUGAUCGCAAAGAUGAGAUUGAAGGAAAUCUUAAGCUCCUGGAACAGGAAUUUGACACUAUCAGAAAGGAGCUAGCACGAACUGAUGCACAGACCAAAGCCAUUGAGAAAGAAUUGCAUAGUUUGGAUGAAGAAGUUAAUCAAUUGCGGGCUCAAGUUGCUUCUGCAAAUGAUGUCCGGCAAGAGGCAUAUCUUAGCCUGAGGAAUCUCAAGAAGCAAGAGUAUGAAAAAAAUACUCUGUUUUAUCAGAACAGAACAGAUAUCCAGAUUGCUCACCAACAUGCCAAUAUGAAGGACCGGGAAGCAGUUGCAUCACAUUGUCUUGAUCAGGUGGAACGAAUGAUGGACCUGUGGAAUAACAAUGAUGAUUUCCGAAGAGAGUACAUAAAAAACAAUGAGUUCAGCACUUUGAGAAGGCUCGGGACUCCUGAUGGGAGAGCACUGGGUCCUGACGAGGAGUCACUCUUACUGAAAAGGCGUACAGAAAAUGAGAGCAGUGUCAACCAACUGACUCUUGCUGAGAAAGUUGCUGUUUUUCCUAGUACUGCAGCAGAAACAUUGGUUGGAGGUGACAGGCAUGCCACAGAUAUGAAUACCGGUGCAGAAGUCCGUGAGGAGAAAGUAAAUCAGAAGAAUUCUUCGUCCAAAACCAGAAAGUCUAGCAAGUCAGCUCGUCCAGAAAGCAUACCAACAUUGUUGGUUGAUGAACUGGAAGAGCAGCCAGAGAGAGAAGAGAAAAAACUGUCGGAGGAAGAAUUGCAGCGGUUGAGACAAGAAGAAGAGCAGCGAAAGGAAGAGGCUGCUGCCAGAUUGAAAGAACAACGUCGGCUGGAGGAGAUUGCCAAAGCCAAGGAGGCAGAGACACGGAAACGUCGGAAUGCCGAGAAGGCUAAGGCCAGGGCUGAAGCGAGAGCCCAAAAGGAGUCUGACCGCAGAGAAAAGGAGCGUGAGAAGAGAGCAAGGAAAAAGGCAACAGCUGCAGCAGCAACGGCCCAUGGUGGUGCCAAUGGUGAAUGUGCAGAGUCCUUAGACAAACACGUCGCAGAAGGUAGCUCAGCUUUGGAAUUCGACACGAAAGAGAGGCAAGAGUCCUCAGCUGUAGCAGCUAACAAGCCACCUAGAUCAUAUACGAUGUCGAAAUCAAAUAGACCGAAGACAUUAGUUCCCCCUCCGUUGAGGAAGAAUAGGAGAAAAAUGCAACCAUGGAUGUAUGCGCUUCUACUAGGAGGUCUAGUCACGUUUUUGUUUGCUUUUAUGGUGCAGCGCCUUUACUUUUAAAAUAGGGCUCUGCCAUAAUCAGCAGUAGUUAUAGGCGGUUUGGGCGUGUUACGUCUCUUUCUUCCCUCUCUCUCAUUUUAAUAGUCUUAUUUGAUUGCUUAUAGUGUAACGAACUGAACAAUGGUUUUCCCUCAAAAUUUAAUAAAAUAAUUGCAUUAUUUUGCCAAUGA